AUGGCUAUUCACAAUCUAGCGAACGACUUCUAUGGUGAUGCAAUCAUGGAAUGCAGCGGGUUACCAUGUGAUAUGCGCAAGUUCCUACCUGUAUCGAAGAUAGGGGGUGGCACUAAAGCUGGCACAAUCAUAACAACCGUCGGGGACCUGACGACAUUGGAAAGCAAACGACCCACGUGGAACUUAGCAAGAGCCUACAAGGCUACGGCCGAUAAACUCAUAAACGACGGAUCGAUGCUGAAGAUUUGGAAAAGCACCAGAGCUGUCAGAUCUGACCUCGAAGAUAUCGUCGCCAAGACGUUUCCGGCCAUAGGUAAUGUUACGCGGAAUGAAUUCGGUGUUUCCAGCAUCGGUGCAUAUUCAAACGAUAAGGUCCGAACCGACCACGAGGUUGGUAUGGAGAAGCCACAGUGGACAAUCGAGGACAUGUAA